CAAGAAGCUUAUCAAUUUGGCAAUGGCAUCUCAGUUAACAAAAAAUUUCUAACACAUGUUAAAGCUAAAGCCACCUCCAUUUUUUCUUUGUUUUUAUUUUCUUAUAUUUUUUUAACCAUGGAAAUAUCAAAACUGUUUCACAUGCCUAACCCCUUGUGAAGUCCAUGCUUAUUCCUGCACUUUUUUACCAAAUCCGACCGACUCUUAACACCUACCCAUUUCAAUUCUGCCGACAUGGUUGUCUUCUGGUGGAUGGCUACAUGAGUGUGGAGAAAGAAAAAGAAAAAAGAAAACUGAAGAUAAGACAGGAGUGGACAUGAGGAGGACAGAAGAGUGUUUUUUUCACAUAAAAUAAGUUACUUUGUUAGUGGGCUUAUCUGACAAAACUUCGCUUCAGGAUCGAGCUUCACUGCUGUCUUUAAUGGUGAGGUGAAGUGAUUUCUUGGUUUUAGAGUUACAGUAGGUCUUCCUGGCUCAGGCUGAACAGCUCUUUAAAUCACAACAUAAGCAAUGGUUUUCUGCAAGCUGAAAAUUUCCCUCUUUCAAAUCUAAAUCUGAACGUUUUGCAGUUCACCUGAAUAAGCUGAGGUGAUGAAGAGUAGUAUAAUUAUUUGCCCAAUGGGAUACUGUCUGUCCUUGCUUUUCUUUCUGGCUUCUCUCCCUGGCAUUUUUGCUCAAGAUGUUAAACAUGCUACAGUUGUGGUUGAUGGGACGCUCACUACUGCUACAACAGAUGAUAAUUUCAUUUGUGCUACCCUAGAUUGGUGGCCUCAUGAUAAGUGUGACUACAACCAGUGUCCAUGGCACUAUUCAUCCGUCAUAAAUUUGAACUUGUCUCGUCCUCUUCUAGCAAAAGCUAUCCAAGCUUUCAGGUACCUGAGGAUGAGAAUUGGAGGUUCUUUGCAAGACCAAGUAUUUUAUGAUGUAGGAAAUUUGAAUUCUACUUGCCAUCCAUUUAGAAAGAUGAAAGAUGGGCUGUUUGGAUUUUCAAAGGGAUGUUUACACAUGAACCGAUGGGACGAGCUGAAUCAUUUAUUCAGUAGAACAGGGGCCAUUGUGACAUUCAGCUUAAACGCCCUCCAUGGUAGGCAUCAGAUCAGGAAGGGUGUUUGGGGAGGAGCGUGGGAUUCAAGUAAUGCUUAUGAUUUUAUGAAUUACACUGUCUCAAAAGGAUACAAGAUAGAUUCAUGGGAAUUUGGUAAUGAGUUGAGUGGAAGUGGCAUUGGUGCAAGUGUCAGUGCAGAACUCUAUGGGAAAGAUGUGAUCAAACUUAAAGAGAUUAUCAAGGAUUUGUACAAGAACUCUGAUUCCAAACCUUCACUUGUAGCACCUGGAGGAUUUUAUAACCAGCAGUGGUAUGCUAAGCUUCUUCAGGUUUCAGGUUCAGGCAUAGUCAAUAUCAUGACUCAUCAUAUAUACAACUUAGGUGCAGGUGUUGAUCCCAACCUUGUGAAUAAGAUAUUAGAUCCCCGUCAUUUGAGCAAAGUAUCAGAAACAUUCAGUGGUAUUGUGCAAACCAUUCAACAUAAUGGUCCUUGGGCUUCUGCUUGGGUUGGAGAAUCUGGAGGCGCCUUUAACAGUGGUGGUCAUCGUGUGUCUAAUACAUUCGUGAAUAGCUUUUGGUACUUAGAUCAGCUUGGAAUGGCAGCCAAGUACCACACAAAGGUAUAUUGCCGGCAAACAUUAAUUGGUGGAAACUACGGUCUUCUCAACGCAACCACAUUCAUACCCAAUCCUGACUACUACAGUGCCCUUUUGUGGCAUCGACUUAUGGGGAAAGGUGUUCUAGCUGUUGGAAGCGAUGCUUCACCAUAUCUGCGUGCUUAUGCCCAUUGCUCGAAAGGACGAGCAGGUAUAACCUUACUGCUAAUCAAUUUAAGCAAUCAGACUGAUUAUAUAAUCAGUGUUCGAAAUAGCAUGACAAUGAGGUUGCACACGAAAAAGAAAAUGCAGACAGAAAGCUCUUUGAUUCAUGGCCUUAAGAGAUCGGUUUCAUGGGUUGGACACGACACAUUAAACGGAGCAACCAGAGAGGAGUAUCAUCUAACUCCGAAAGAUGGGUACCUUAGAAGUGAAACCAUGGUUCUAAAUGGAAUCCCAUUACAGCUUACUGAAAGUGGAGACAUCCCAAGAAUGGAUCCUGUCCAUAACAAUGUGAAUUCUCCUAUAUAUAUAAGUUCUUUAUCCAUUUCAUUCAUAGUAUUCCCUAAUUUUGAUGCUCCCUCUUGUGCAUGAGUGGCUGCAGUUGUUACUUAGCUUUGUAAUUGUUAUGAAGUUGCAGAAAGUGUAAUUUAGUGGUAAUUGUAAUUAUGGCAUGUUAUAGCCUGCGCUCUUAUGUUGUGAGGGAGAGGAUAUUAGAAUAAGAUGCAGUGCAUCAUUUGUUAGUUGAUUAUGUUAUGCA